AUGGCGUCAUCUCUGAAUAUUGUGAAAGCUGACUCUGUUCUUCGCCUCAGCACCGUAUUGAGACGUUGGAAACCGGCAUGGUUGGUACUAUAUGGAAACGGCGAGCUGAGGUACUAUGAAAGCAAGGAUGAUUAUGCACCGAAAGCAACAAUUAAUGUUCCGCGUGUUUGUCGGGAAAUUCUUAGUGGCCAUCGGAAUAUUGAACCACCUAAGGAUCGUUCUAAUGAUUGUAUUUUUGGCGUGAGAACAAAUGAAUCUGAUUGGUAUUUUUGUGCCCAGUCAUCCGAUGAUGCAGUCGUAUGGCGACUUGCUUUAUCUGAAGUAAAAGGAAUGUCUGUUCCUCGUUAUAGAGUUCACAUGCCACCUCCAGAUGCUCCACCACCAGGAUAUACAGACGGCGUAAAUUAUUAUCAGUAUGCUUGUCCCGCUGAAACCACAGUUCCUUUAUAUCAGGCUUCCGGGAGAAUGCAAAGUGUACCAAUUGUUUACCGUGGUACAGAUGGCGAAUAUGUAAUGCCUAGACAAGUUAUUGAGCAUCCUGAUGGAUCACGUACAAUUAUCCUUGGUGAUGGGAAUGAAAUCCCCUGUCAUUGUCGACAUGGUUAUUAUUGUGGAUGUGGUUAUGGUUUUGGCGAUGCUGCUCUGUUGGGUUUAGCGGCCGGAACACUAAUGUGGUCCCCUUUCCUAUGGUCUCCAUUUUUCUGGUGUUAACAUCUCUGUACUGAUAAUUAUCUCUCACUCAUGGUUUUUCAAACAGAAGGUAUUUCAAGAAUAUAAUGGUUUCUGAGGUUUCCGAAAUUUAAAAGCAUUCGUAUGUGUGUUGAUUCAUUUACUGGGAUUACUAAAAUCUUUUCCAGGCGUUUAUUUUCAUCAUUCACAGAUAUUCAGGUGUCUUUUUAUCAUGAUUUAUAUUUAUAUUUACUUGUUUGUUUUCUUUCAUUUUGUUACUUAUUCUCU